GUUCUCAUCUUCAGCCCCCACCGCGUUGUUGGCUAGGAAUCGAUCCAUUUUGCCGUCCCCAAUCCCCAUCUCUUCGGUGUGCCUGCUUUCUCGGAGAGGAGAAGAGGGAGAUUUCUUUUUCCGUCCCCCACCCGCCGAUCGGGAUUUGAGAUUGUCCAGGCCGCUGGUUUCGCAGCGAGGUUCGGGCCUUCGUCGUGGGAUUUGAAAAUUUGAUGUGCUAAUGGAGUCCAAGGGUGGCAAAAAGAAGGCUAGCAGUAGUCGUUCCUCCCUGAUGUACGAAGCUCCCCUCGGCUACAGCAUUGAAGACCUCCGCCCUGCCGGCGGCAUCAAGAAGUUCUCUGCUGCUUACUCGAACUGCACGAGGAAGCCAUCCUGAUAGCCCUCUCGUCGAUCCCGUCCUAGUAGCUUAGAAACCACCUGCAAUCAUUUUGAUCUUCCUAAAUCUCUCUGGCUAGCUGCUUUCUGGUGACCAAAGGGAUUUCUAGAAACUGCUUCCUGUCUUCCUUCCUCGGCUGUCUGUCAUCUUGCUUUGAAACAAUGGCAGUCCCGCAAGGUGCUGCUGCUGCCCCUCUCCCAGUCUCUGCAAUUGGGUUUGAGGGAUAUGAGAAGCGCCUUGAGAUCAGCUUCUCUGAGGCAUCUGUCUUCGCUGACCCCAACGGAAGGGGACUGCGCGCGCUCUCGCGCGCCCAGAUUGACUCUGUUCUUGACCUUGCACGGUGCACCAUUGUGUCUGAGCUCUCAAACGAGGACUUUGACUCUUAUGUCUUAUCUGAGUCAAGCCUGUUUGUGUACCCAUACAAGGUUGUCAUCAAGACCUGCGGGACUACCAAGCUUCUGCUUGCCAUUCCGAGGAUUCUUGAGCUUGCUGAGGAGCUCUCGCUGCCGCUUGCUGCUGUUAAAUACUCCCGUGGGACAUUCAUAUUCCCUGAUGCACAACCUUCCCCACACAAGAACUUUGCCGAUGAAGUUGCCUUCCUCAACCGCUACUUCGGUGGUCUCAAGUCCGGUGGGAAUGCUUAUGUGAUUGGAGAUCCUGCAAAGCCUGGGCAGAAAUGGCACAUCUACUACGCCACUGAGCACCCCGAGGAGCCUGUUGUUACUCUGGAGAUGUGCAUGACUGGGCUGGAUAAGAAGAAAGCUUCUGUAUUCUUCAAGACCUCUGCAGAUGGCCACAUCUCCUGUGCUAAGGAGAUGACCAAGCUUUCUGGCAUCUCGGACAUCAUCCCGGAGAUGGAGAUCUGCGACUUUGACUUUGAGCCCUGCGGCUACUCCAUGAACGCCAUCCAUGGCCCUGCAUUCUCCACCAUCCAUGUGACCCCAGAGGAUGGCUUCAGCUAUGCAAGCUAUGAGGUCAUGGGUUUCAACCCAGCCUCCUUCGACUAUGAUGACCUGGUUAAGAGGGUGCUGAGGUGCUUUGGCCCAUCUGAGUUCUCUGUUGCUGUGACCAUCUUCGGUGAGCGGGACAACGCAAAGACCUGGGGUAAGAAGCUGGAUGUAGAGGCCUAUGCCUGCAGCAACAUGGUUGAGCAGGAGCUGCCUGCUGGUGGCUUGCUCAUUUACCAGAGCUUCACUGCUACUGGCAAAGCUGCAGUUGGGUCGCCGAGGUCUGUCCUGCAUGGCUUUGGUUGUGACAGUGUUGAGAAUGGAUCUGAGAAUGGUGAGCUCGAUGCCCCCCUGUGCUGGGAAGAGGAUGCGGCGGAUGAGACUGAGGAAAGGGUAGCCAAGAAGCUGAAAUGCUGAUGCUGAUGUGAAAUGCUGAUGCUGAUGUGCUACUUUGGAGAUCGAAGAGAAGACCUGAGAGUUCUGUCAAGCAUAUUUGCUGCCCUUGGUUAUCUUGUGAAGCAGCCAAGCCAGAUUGUUUAUGCUAUAUAAUUUGUGUAAUAUAUAAUUUGUGUAAUGGUGCUGUGACGGCGCAUGCUUGUUAUGAAUAAUAAAAUGCUCUAGGUGGCCAGCUCUGUCUGCCACAGUGAGCCGAUGUACCGGUAUUGUUUGUGAUAAACUUUAUGACUCGAUAAAGCCUCUGUUUGAUGACAAUCUGAAAUAUGAAUAAAGUGUUUUUUAUGUGA